UUAACAGGUUUUGAGUGAAAUUUUUUUAAAAGCGCGCGCAGUAGAACAAACUGGAGAAGAGGAAGGAAAGAGUUUUCAGAAAUGGAGGACAAAACAUGUGAAGCUCCUCCGAAAUUUGAAGGAUUUCCGUACAAACCAUACUCAAUCCAGAUUGAUUUCAUGAACGCCCUUUAUCACUCCCUCAACAAUGGCGGUGUUUCCAUGCUCGAAAGCCCCACUGGUAAAUGCACUCUCAAUUGCUUGUCUUGUUUACUAGGAACGGGGAAAACUUUAAGCUUGAUUUGUAGUGCACUGCAAUGGGUGAUUGAUAAGAAGCAACAACAGAAUUCUGAGAAAAGAGUUGAAUCUGAUCAGCAUUGUGGGAAGAAUGGCUCGGAUGAUGAGCCUGAUUGGAUGAGAAAUUUUGUAGUAAACAAAGACAAUCAGGGCGAAGACAAGAAGAUAAAGAAGAGUAAAACUCGGUUGAGAAUAGGGAAAAGCAAUUUCGGAAGGAACCACCAAGCAAGUUGUAGAGAUUUGUUGAGUGGGGAUGUGGAGAAAGAUUGUUCUAACAAGAAAGAGGGAAAUAAUGUUUCAAACAGUGCAAUGGAGUUGAGUGAUGAGGAAUUUUUGCUGGAGGAUUAUGAAAGCGAGGAAGAAGAUCUUGGUGACGGAAAGCCAAAGAGGAAAACUUUGGGUGUUUCUCUUAGUUCAUCUAGUGAGGAGGAGGGUGAAGAUGGUUCCGAUGGGGAGGAUUAUGAGCAAGAAGAUAAGCUGAAGGUUUAUUUUUGUAGCCGGACUCAUUCACAACUCUCACAAUUUAUAAAAGAGUUAAGGAAGACAGUGUUCACUGAUGAGAUGAAUGUGGUUUGUUUGGGCUCUAGAAAGAACUUCUGCAUUAAUGAAGAGGUUUUGAAGCUUGGAAACUCUACUCGGAUUAAUGAAAGGUGCUUGGAACUUCAAAAGAAGAAAAAUGAUAAAGUCUCCAAAAUGAAGAACUCAGGAGCAGGGGGGAGAAUAAGAAGAACUAAGGCGUCUUCUGGAUGCCCGAUGCUAAGGAAAUAUAAACUACAAAAGCAAUUUAGGAAUGAGAUAACUCAACAAGGUGCAAUGGAUAUUGAAGAUCUUGUUCACCUUGGUAGAAGCAUGAAGACUUGUCCAUAUUAUGGUUCUCGAAGCCUAGUCCCUGCAGCAGAUCUUAUUGUACUACCUUAUCAAUCUCUUUUAUCAAAAUCAUCUCGUGAAUCUCUUGGCCUGAAUUUGAAGAAUAACAUUGUUAUCGUGGAUGAGGCUCAUAAUUUAGCUGAUUCCCUCAUCAGCAUGUAUGACUCAAAAGUCACUUUGCCACAGUUGGAGAAUGUGCAACACCACUUAAAGAAGUACUUUGAAAGAUUUCACAAUCUUUUGGGACCUGGGAAUCGAAGAUAUAUUCAAACUCUAAUAGUCAUUUGCCGGGUUUUUCUCCAAACUCUGCACAAUGUGGAUGAUGCAAGUUAUACAGAUUCAUCACAAAAUAUUCCUAAGGCAUCUGAAGCAAAUCUUUCUUCUUAUUCAUCGAUGGCCAUUAAUGAUUUUUUAUUUUCUGUUAACAUAGAUAAUAUUAACUUGAUCAAGUUGCAUCAGUACUUAAAGGAAAGCAAUAUUAUGCACAAGGUCAGUGCAUAUGGAGAUCGAGUAUCUAGCCUGCAAAAUAGUUUGGCACCUAAAGGGACUGUUGGAUAUUGUGAUGAUGGAAGCACUCUGUCCAGUUUCAGGGCAUUAGCUGAUAUGCUGCUAUCCCUGACAAACAAGGAUGGUGAUGGAAGGAUUAUCGUAUCAAGGGAAAGGCCAGCAUGCUCCCAACAAGGAGGGUAUUUAAAAUAUGUCAUGCUUACUGGGGAAAAGAUUUUCUCUGAGAUUUUGGAUCAAGCACACGCUGUGAUUCUGGCUGGGGGAACUCUGCAACCUAUAGAAGAAACAAGGGAGCGACUUUUCCCAUCAUUGUCGCCUGAGAAAUUUCAGUUUUUCUCAUGUAGUCACAUUGUCCCUCCAGAGAGCAUUUUGCCAGUUGCUGUUUCUCGUGGCCCUUCUGGUCAGUCUUUUGAUUUUAGCUACAACUCCAGAAGCUCCUCUAAAAUGAUACAGGAGCUUGGGCUUUUGCUUUGCAAUUUGACGUCGGUGGUUCCUGAAGGAAUUGUUGUGUUCUUCUCCUCAUUUGAUUACGAAGGACUGGUUUACGGUGCCUGGAAGGCUUCGGGCAUCCUUGAGCGGAUUUUGAAGAAAAAGCGGGUAUUUAGAGAACCUAGAAAAAAUACAGAGGUGGAAUCUGUUCUCAUGGAAUACAAGGAAACAAUUGAUACAUUAUCAACUGGGAGUCUGAAAGAUAAUCCAACUCAAACUGGUGCAAUACUUUUUGCUGUUGUUGGUGGUAAGAUAUCAGAAGGAAUCAACUUAAGUGAUGGCAUGGGUCGAUGUGUAGUCAUGGUUGGACUUCCCUACCCUAGUCCAUCAGAUUUUGAGUUGAUGGAGAGGGUGAAGUUUAUUGAAGGACUGGGUAAUACAAAUUCCGUGAAAGCUUCAGAUAUUUUGGUCAGUGAUGAAAACAACAUUAGUGGAGAUGUAAAGGCUGGGUUUGACAUUCUCAGAAGUUGCAGGCGCAGAGGAAAAGAUUACUACGAGAAUCUUUGCAUGAAAGCUGUAAAUCAGUCAAUUGGUAGAGCAAUUCGACAUAUAAAUGAUUAUGCAGCCAUUUUGCUGGUUGAUACGCGGUAUGCAUACACAUCCGAUUCCUCGAAAAGAAGCUUUUCACACCCAACUAGCAAGCUCCCUGAAUGGAUAAAGGGUCGUCUGGUUUCAUCAGAUAAUUAUGGUGACGUCCAUCGGAUGCUGCAUCAGUUCUUCAAAUUUAACAAGAAUCAUGUUAGACCUUAGUUUAUAGCUAUAAUGGUAGAUAAUAACAUGCCUUGAUCGAGUAAUUCAAUAUCAACUUCGCUGUUCAUCAUCCCGUGAGUGCCAACAUGAGGUCUAAUCAUUUUUGUAUAAAAUAGACUUAAAAAGUGUUAAUUUUCUAUAACGUCACAUUUGUGUGUAAAGUUAUAGGGUUAGUUUAUCGAAUAAACUAGGUAACAAUAUCGCAUUUCGAGCAUUUCGAGCAACUGUUCAAAUAUUUAUAUAUAUUUAUUUUUCAGAGAUAUUAUAUAUUAUUUAGAUUUUAUGGAGUUAUAUCUUUUAUUAAUUUUA